GCCCCACUCUCAAAAGACACACUUCAUUUACUUGGUAUGCUCUUUCUUUUCCUCUUCAUAUUGACAAUAAUAGAUCAAAUUCAAAACCCUUCCCAAGUCUCCUCUUCCCUAAUUCAUCAUCAUCUCAUUCAUAUAAAACAUUCACACUCCAUCAUCCCAUCUCAAUCUCUCUCCUCUUUCUCUCUCUAAAUUGAUACCCCCCCUCUCUCUCUCAUCAAAUUAUACAUACAUACAGCUAUAAUCGAGCCAGGUAAACAUGAGCAGUGGGGCUAGGGUUUCAAUCCCAAACAGUGUUCGCAAGACGAUCCAGAACAUAAAGGAGAUCAUGGGCAAUCACAGUGAAGAUGAGAUAUAUGCAAUGCUCAAGGAAUGUUCUAUGGAUCCCAACGAGACCGCCCAGAAGCUCCUCCAUCAGGAUACAUUUCAUGAGGUCAAAAAGAAACGUGACCGGAGAAAAGAGAAUUUGAGCAACAAGGAUUCUGCAGAAUCGAGGUGGAGACCUGGCAUGCAGGGGCGAGGGAGUAGGGGUGGGCGGGGGAACUAUCCACCUCGUCACACAUCGAAUGAUGCUAGUGGUGGCAGAAAUUCUGCCCCUGGAAAGGAAAAUGUAAUCAAUCAAGUUUCAGAGAUGUGUGCGUCUCUGCCUUCCUCCCAGGAUAUGAAAAAUAAAGAAGUCACUCCUGUCACAAGCUCUCAGACUGUCUUAACCAAUGGUCCUACUGCCAUGGUGCCUGGGAGUACUGCUGUUGUACAUGCUGCUCAUUUGUCUGUGGGAAGUUUGGCAAACCAAUCAGAAGAAGGUUCUGCAGUUGACAUUAGUAAUUUACAGGGUCUGCCACCACUUCUGCACCCUGUUAAUGCGAAGGAAAACCCCAGCAUUGACUUUGGAACAGGAGACAUACAUGGGCAGUUCACAUCCAGCUCGAGCAACAGCUCAACUGCUGGAACUCAGGCACCUUUGCCUGGAGUCUAUUUCUCGGCUUCAGAUCCUGUUCUGGUGCCAUCUCACGAUUUGCGGCUUCCUGGAGCUGUCGGUGCAAUUAAACGUGAGGUGGGAAGCCAGCGAACUCCUGUUGAACAGAAUUCACUUGUCACUUUGGAGGGUAAAUCAACUGCUGCAGUUUCUGAGGUUGGGAGCUCCAUCAUGCAAGUAAAGAUGCCAAGCAAAUCCAUGGGGGUUGGAAAGAAUCAAGUUUCAGAUUCUUCAGAACCUGUGUCUUCUAUCCAUGGUGGCUCUUCUGUUAUUAGGCCUUUGACAAAUCAUAAUAGUCGCUCGCAACAAGUAAUUGGCCAAAAAGUGGGUCCAAGUAAGGAGUGGAAACCAAAGCCAACAAAUGCAAAUCUUGCUCAAGGAUCUGGGGCAGCUGCUUCAUCUGAGGUUCCUACCACAGCAGAAGCCAAUACCCAGUCAUAUCCUGUAUCAAAUGUCCUUGAUACAAAAGAAGCCACUUCAAAACUACAGAGGAAGCUAGAGGAGUUACAUAUUUCAGAUGAUCAACAUGUUAUCAUCCCGAAUCAUCUCCAUGUCCCUGAAGUUGAAAAAAUUGGUUUUUGUUUUGGAAGUUUUGAUGCUAGUUUUGGUUUAAACACAGGCUAUAACAAUGGUCCUGAGAAUGACAAGAACCCUACGCCACUUUCUGAAACUUCUGAGAGUGUUGAAGAAACGGAAGAACAGUCCUCAAGCAAUCAAAAUGCAAUGGAAACGACUGAGGAAGGAGAUUAUCCUGAUAAUCCUCAAUCACCCAGACAUGCACCAGAAAAUUUGUCGUCCGGUGAGGGUGAUGUCUCAGCCACUGUGGUCCCAGAGUAUAGUGAGUCUAAGCAAGAGACUUCCUUGCCACCCGGAACCCAUCAGUCUUCAAUGAUUCAUACUUCUCCUAGCUACAGUUUUGGUUUCAUGCCUCCAAUGGUCGGAAGCCAAUUUGCACCAUUUGAAAGCUCUGAGUCUCAAGUACGUGAUGUGCCUCGUCUUCCAAGCUUUGUCGUUCCGCAACCAAUUGAUCCAGCCAGCUAUUAUGCCCAAUUUUAUCGGUCUGGUGCUGAUGGUGAUGGUCGCAUUUCUCCUUUCCAUUCACCUGGAGUUGCAAUGAAAUACAACGGAAAUGUUGCAGUGUUAUCUCCACAGACUUCUCAGUCUGCUCAAGAGGGUGGCAACUCCUUGGUUUUGUCCACAGCAGGUCCAACUCCUCUUGGUGCUCAGGCUGCUGGGGUCAUGCAGAGCUCAAUAGCUGUAGCUCAGCAACCUCUCCCCGUCUUUCGGCAACCAACCGGGAUGCCUCUACCCCAUUAUCCUCCAAACUACAUUCCUUAUGGUCCCUAUUUCUCGCCUUUUUACGUUCCCCCUCCAGCCCUUCAUCAAUUUUUAAGCAAUGGUGCAUUCCCCCAACAACCCCAGGCUGGCAGCGUAUAUCCAGCUCCACCAGGGGCAAAUGCUAAAUAUUCAAUUUCACAAUACAAGGCAGGAACGAAUACAGGAAACUCUACUCAUGUUGGAGUGGCGAGCAGCUAUGGACCAUAUGGCUCCUCCCCAGCUGGUUAUAAUCCCAGUUCCGCCUCAACAGCUGGAAACUCAACUGCCAAUGAGGAUCUCUCCCCACCCCAGUUCAAGGAAAACAAUGUAUACAUGACAGGACAGCAGAGUGAGGGUUCAACAGUAUGGAUAACUGCACCAGGCCGAGAAAUUUCAGGCUUACAGGCUAGUUCAUUCUACAACAUUCCUCCUCAGGGUCAAGUGGCUUUCGCCCCAACGCAGGCUGGGCAUGGCACCUUUGCCGGUAUAUAUCACCCCGCUCAAGCAGUUUCAGCAACAUCGGUUCACCCUCUUCUACAGCAGUCUCAGCAGACCAUGGCUGCAGCUGCUGAUAUUGUAGGACCCACAGCUAGUGUAUAUCAGCAGCCUCAGCAUGCACAAAUUAACUGGCCAAAUAACUAUUGAAGGAGGAGCUAUUUUUCUUUUUUGUAAACCAGCAAAGCAAGAAUUGCAAAAAGGCCCAGUAUUGACAUUAUUUUGGGGAUUCCAACAAGUUUGAGAAAUGGAGGAAAAAACGUUGACUAGGUACAAGAUCGGCCAGAAUUGAGUGUGUAAAUCUAUAGAAGAAUGCUGGGAAAAAUUGGUCAAUAAUAUAUCUUCUGAUUGCUUGGGUGGAACAUAAAAAGGUCAACCAUUUUAAGUUAGUUGAGGUCGGCGUGUCCAGAUAAUUCCCUUUCUUGCUGCUGGUAUGUGGUGUUACAAUUUUUCCCUUCAUUUUGGUAAGCCUUUUUCAUAAUUCCCAACUUUAUUAGAGUUAAUUGCGAGCAUUGAGAAACUUUCCUCUUUAUUUUUCUUUUCCUGCUUUUCUUUUUCUUUUUCCCUCUUUAUUUGAGAUUUUUAUAGGACUAUUGGAAGGUAAGAUUAGGUUUUUAGGGGAUUUUCCCAUUCCUGUUUUGUUUAGUCUUUCGCUGUCUUACCUGUAAAGUGAUUUGUGAUAGCAGCAAGAGAGGAUGUACUUAAAACUGUUGUAAUUGGUUUUGGUAUAAGCAAAAGCACCGAUUAAUUGUUCUGGUUCA